AUGAGCGACCUUGGUUUUGACCCCACGUUAAAGAAGAAAAAGAAGGUGAAGAAGCCUGAGGACGAGGGCUCCCCCGCCCCUGAAGCCGCCGACGACAUGUUUGCCGGUCUCAAAAAGAAGAAGAAGACGAAGAAGCCUGAGGACGCGGCGGCGUUGGAAGCCUCGUUCGAUGACUUGUCGUUGAAGAAGAAGAAGAAGAAGUCCACCAAGACCGCCGCCGACGCUACCGACGAUUUCGAAGCUCAGCUUGAACAAGCGGGUAUUGAAGAAGUCGUGGCGGCGGAACCGUCGGCCGCGCAAGAAGAAUUGCCCUACGACGUCCUUUUGCUGAGAUUCUUCGGCAUCCUUAGAAAGAAUAACCCCGAAUUGGCCGGCGACCGUCUGGGACCCAAGUUCAAGAUCCCUCCCCCCGUGUGUCAGAGAGAAGGGUCGAAGAAGACCAUGUUCACCAACGUGCAAGAAAUUGCCACCGUAUUGCAAAGAAACCCCGAGCAUCUUAUCCAGUUCUUGUUUGCUGAAUUGGGUACUUCGGGUUCGAUUGACGGGGAAAAGCGGUUGAUUUUGAAGGGGCGGUUCCAGCCUAAGCAGAUGGAGUCGGUGUUGAGACGGUAUAUUGUCGAGUACGUCACCUGUAAGACGUGUAAGUCGAUGAACACCGAGUUGAAGAGAGAGUCGUCCAACAGAUUGCAUUUCUUGAGCUGUAAGGCUUGUGGUUCGACGAGAUCGGUGACGUCGAUCAAGACCGGGUUCCAGGCCCAAAUCGGGAGAAGAAAGAGAAUGUAG